UCUCGGACAUUGCCGUACAUGGUAAAAGAGAUUUCGCAAUCCUGUCCUCUCCAUGUUCCAAACAAAAACACAGCGAGCACACAGACGGGAUUAAACUCUCACUUUCUGAGAUAACUUUCUACAUUUUUGACGGAUGGUCGAAUCCACCGCCGCCCCGUGAAGGCUCGUCAAGGCUCAGAAUCUUCUGCUCCAUUUCUUCUGCACACUGAGGAGACUCAGACAUUGUCACUGCAGGCAGCACAUCCAAAUGAGCCGGCCGUCGCAGGCGAAAACAACCACAUCCGACCACAACGGCGUGAGCGUCAUCCAGAGCCAGCCCCACGCCGCGUCCACCUCGGCCCUCGCCGGCCUACAGCAGGUGCCCCAGCUUGUCCCUGCAAACCCUUCAGCCGGAGGCGGCAAGGCGCUCUCCCCCCGCAACAUGAAGAAGCCCCUCGCGGACAAGGACAGCGACGAGUACCGCCAGCGACGUGAGCGCAACAACCUGGCGGUGAAGAAGAGCCGCAUGCGCAGUAAGCAGAAGGCGAUGGACACACAGCAGCGUGUCAACGAGCUGAAGGAGGAGAACGAGCGGCUGGAGGCCAAAAUCAAACUGCUGAGCAAAGAGCUGAGCGUGCUCAAAGACCUCUUCCUGGAGCACGCUCACAACCUGGCCGAUAACGUGCAGCCGCCAGCCGGCGCCGAGGGCUCCAGUCCCGCCCCCAACGCUGCCACCAACGGGCAGUGAGGGGGCGGAGCCACAGGGACGUUAUUGAGGCCGCCGCUUUCCUGGAAACUUCUGUCACUUUGGAAAUAUUUUCUGCUUUUCUUUGGUUUAUUUUCUCCGAUUGAAUCCUUUUAAAACGUUUCUACAAUCAUCUUGGAAGAGUUCAGGUUUAUGCUCCAGAUGAAAUCAAUUCUAUUCAUAUAAUUUAUUGAGUUCAGGCCAAUUUUAAAGUGAAAAUCAGUUUGGUGGAAACUUUUAAAUUCAGAUUAGUGUGGACUGUUUGGAGUGACACCUGAUAACCCUCGCCGUGUCGGCUGACGGACGCUCCUCCAACAUGUAAAUCUCUUUUCUAGGAUGUGUAUUUUCUUCUGUUUUUGGAACCUGAUGAGUUUAAAGCUGUUUGUUCACUACGUGUCACUAAGAGUCUGUUUCUACUGAAGCUGCAGCAGGACGGCUCGCUCACUUUAAUGUUUGUGUUGAGUGUUUCCUGCAGAGAGACGUCGGGGUCGAUCUGUCUGACCUGAGGCUGCAGAGUUUAAUCUGACUUUAAAUUAAUCUCUCAGUAUAUUUUACAUGACACCUGAAAAAAAAUAAUUAUUGCAUUAAUGAAUUGAGAUGAUCCUGCAUGACAAGACAACAAAUGCCGGUUUUCUGCCUUUCUCCACUUGUUUAUUAUGACGUAAUAUGAAAACAGAAAGGGCGCCGUAUUAACCCGCUGAAAUAGCUCAUAUUGCCACCUAGUGUUCAGGAGGAAAAUGUGUUUUCUGUUAAUGUCACUUUACUAUCACAGUUCACAGAAAGUCCUCAGAGUUUAAUUCUGUUUUCAUGGUCAGAAUUAUGAUAAAACUAAAAAAUAUUCUCUGAAAAUAAUCAAUCUAAUCUGUUCUGUCCUCUGUGGAUCUCAUCCUUUAAAAUGAAAAAACAUGAAAUAAUAAUGAUUAAAGUUAAACAGCUACUUAGAUUCAAGUGACUAUAAACUAAUAUCUGUGGACACGUUCCUGUCAGUUAAACUGGGAUGAGGACAGAAGUCGAUAAGGUGCCAAAAUCAGAUUUGAAGCAGGUCCAUUAAACUACAUGUAAACACACUGACUGACUGAGUCACUGAGAAACUAAACUUGACGUAAGAAUGAGUCAUUAUUGAUGAACUUCCUGUCCUUUGACUAACUAACUAAAGUGGCCACAGCUCAGACAGCAGACCCCGCAUGUUUUUGAACAGUGUGAGUGUGUGCGUGUGUUUGUCAGAGAGAGGCGGACCCAGACAGCUCCAGGUGGAUCAGACGUUCCAGUCGAGCCGCAGCUUUAAUUAAAUCCACAGUUAAAGCGGGCCGGGUCCUUAAUGAGGUCUGAGCAGAUCUGGACAGGCCCCCGCCCCCUCAGCGGCGUGCCGGGGUGGGCGGGGCUGCAGCCGCGGCUCGCUGUUGUCACACUUUGUAAUUAAGAGAGCUUUGUUCAGGCGUGGAGCCGUCUGUCUGUCAGAGCUUCACCUGUUGCAGGAAUGUUGUUGUCUGUCUCAGUCCUGCUGCUGCGAGACGCUCAGAGAAUGUCCAACAGUGUCCCACAGCUCCCACAGUGUCCCACAGCGUCUCAAAGCGUCCCACAGCUUCUCACACAGUGUUUGUGUAAUUUCCUCUCAUUUAAAGUCUGUAAAUGUUCUCUGAGCUUCAGGCUGUGAUGUGAUCACAACAGUUUAUAUCAAGUCUUCAGUUGUAUAGAUGUAUAUUCUUAAAGUCAGAUUUUAUAAAGUGCACGUUGUGUUGAUGGAGGAGAAUUUUUCAACCUGGUGAUGAUCUGUACAAAACCUAAAAAAAAAUAAUCUAUAAUAUCCUGAUAAUCAUCAGAAUACACCAGGAGCUUUUAAAAUGGAGCUAAAACAAGAUUUUAUGUAAAAAAAAAAAAAUGAAAUAAAUGUUAUUGACCCUGAGAGAACUAAAUAAAAAAACGACAUAAUAUUUAUAAGUUCUCCUUUGACACAUGCAGGUUUCUGUUAUGAGUGACUUACUUUGUUUCUGAGGGGGAAAAACUUUUAUAAUGAGGACAAACAGUUGAAAUUAUGAUAAAUAUUGUGAUUUUGGGUUGUGAGGAUGUUCUCAUCCCAUGUUAAUAUAAAGUAAAAAUGUGUGUGUGUGUGUGUGUGUGUGUCGCUGUGGGAGUGCGUGUGUGUAUGUGUGUGUGUGUGUGGUGUCGAGCCUCAGCGAGCAGCUUCAUCUUUUUCACUUUUCUAUGGUUGGUUUUCUAAGCUUUUAUUCUGAAAGCAGCAUGUUGUCAGUAGGAUUGUUGCAUGAAUCAGAAUCUAUCUGUCUGUCUGUCUGUCUGAAUGUUGCUGGGCAGCAUUUCUGUCGACGCUCAGCCUUUUUAUAUCAAACCAUCUGGGCUCAUGUGUUGUAAAUUAAAAUUCAGUAUAAAAGUUCA